AGUAGAAAUGGAGUUUCCAGAACAUAGUCAGCAGCUCUUGGCAAGCCUGCGCUCUCAGCGUCUGCAAGGUUUCCUAUGUGACUGCACCGUGCAGGUCGGCUCGACUCAUUUCGGAGCCCAUCGUGCCGUGUUGGCCUCUUUCUCCCCUUUCUUCCAUAUGUUUUACUCCGAUCAGUCAAUGGGCAAUACCAACACAAUCAACGGAGGGCCACAGAGAGACACAGUCACUAUUAAUGGAGAUAUCGUGACCCCACAAGCCUUUGGACUCCUCCUUGAUUUCAUGUACGAAGGGGUUCUGUGGUUAGCAGCUCACCCCCCUCCAGAGGACGUGCUCGCCGCAGCCAGCUUCCUACAUAUGAACGACGUGGUGCGAGUUUGUAAGAGAAGACUUCAGGGACGAGGAUUGGCCGAGGCGGAUAGUACAAGAGUAGAAGUCGGAGCAAACGAGUCCACUAAGCCUGGAGAACUUGAUGGCUCGAAUGGAGAAGACAUACCUGGUGCAGAAACAGGAAGAGAUGGAGCAAUAGAACACUGUCUUCAGUCGAGUCAACAGAUGUCACUUUAUAUUGAUGCCAAGUCUGAAACACAAGCAGGGACGGCUAAUCUCCUCACGCAAAGCACAGAGAGAUCAGAAAUGGCGGACACGACUCAACCAGGAAUGGACCCACAACCAGCCUUUAGUAACUCUUGUUCAGGUGCUUCCACAUAUCAUUCUUCACCUAGACCUGACAAGACAAGAAUAUCGGCACGGUCUGCCAGCCUCGAGUCAGCACUUUCAAGUCCAUGUAGUACAACAGAACUAAUUCAGACAGAAACGCAUCCCGUUGUAACCACUGCCGUGGCUCUGAGCAGUCUGGACAAUGCUAGUGCUGCCCAAGAACAUGAACCUAGCGUUUUCAUUCAGGUUCAAACGCUAAAACCCCAAAUCCAGAAUAAAGGUGCAGGAAAUCCAGGGUCUUCACAACACACUGAGAGUCAGAAUGGAAGGAGACAUGAGUACUCUUUGCCCAAUACAAGGAACAUGCAAAGUAAGCGUAAAAAAUCUCUUUCGCAACCACCAAGAGAGGAAAAUGAAGAUUGCUUUAAAGUGAAAGUGGAGGCCAUUGUGAUUUCUGACGAAGAGUCUGAUGAUGUAGACGAGACUGUGGUCACGGAUGACGGCCCAUGUAGAAGUGCAGAUAUAGAUCAUGUGGAUGAUUAUGACGACAGCAACCAUGAUGUUGAGGAGCUGACUGAUACUCAGUUCAUACCUGUACACCCGUUAAUUCAUCUUCCACAUCAAGAACCCCUUUCUUUCCCUCCCUCACCGCAAGGUCCUAAUACUUCUGCAGCAGAAACCACCAGCUUUUCAUCAUCUCUUUUCCAGACCAUUUUCCAGCCGGAGCAGCAAGCCAUGUACCUUGAGGACUCGCUUGGGAGUUACAUAGAGGAUGUGCCUACUUGUAACACUUGCGGAAAGACUUUUUCCUGUGCUUACACCCUAAGGAGACACGCCAUUGUGCAUACUAGGGAGCGACCUUAUGAGUGCAGUUACUGUUACCGUAGUUACACACAAUCUGGAGACUUGUACAGGCACAUCAGAAAGACACACAAUCAGGGUUUACCAGUGAAACGCAGCAGAGCUGAGUCAGACCUUCCACCGUCACCGCCUCCCCAGACAGAGCCGUGAUUUGUGGCUCAAUCCUCAAUCGUGAAUUGAAAAAAAAAUUGGUUUUGGUGUUAUUUGAAUUAGGUAUACAUAUUCUUGAGAUUUGUAAUCUUACACAAAAAGUUAGUUUUAAUAUUCAUUGCUAAAGUAUAUUGUUUUUAUAUAAAGAAUUGACUAAGAGUGGUUCCAGCACUCAGACAUUUGAUAGGCAAUCACCAUUCAUGGUGGUGUUUUUUAAUUUAAAAUGUCAUGUUUAUGUCUCUUAUGGAAUAUUGUAGCUGUUAAACCAAGUAAUGAGCAUUAAGAUACACUAGAGCAGAUGAAGGACUACAAGGAAGGUUUUUGAUGUCUAUGUGUUCUGUGCAUUUUCGUGAGCGUGAAAGAUGGUGAGACUGAAUUACAGGUGCUUUGAAUUACAAUCAGCUUGCGGUGCUUUUAAGAUUUGUUCAUUUAUUUGUUGUAAAAUAUUUAGAGAACUACACUACUGUCCAAAAGUUUGGGGCCAGUAAGAUUCUUUUCAAUUCAAUUAAUACUUUUAUUCAGAAAGGACACAUAAAGUGACAUUAAAGACAUUUAUAAUGUAACAAAAGAUUUCUAUUUCAAAUAAAUGCUUUCAUCAAAUAAUUCUGAAAAAAUGUAUCAUGGUUUCACUAAAUAAAAAUA